CAAUGCCAAGCCACUACGCUAGCACGACUGGUCUCUCCGAGAAGCGUAUAUUUAAUCGCAAUAUAAAGUGCUAUCACAUUUCCAUUGCAGGUGCGAGUUCAGGGACCCGUUGACACCUUGGCCUCGGGUGACAGGGAUCCGUGGGUGCGGGCCGCGGUCAUCAGCGCCGGGCUUUCUCUCUUUUGCGUGGCGCUGGUCAUAAUCGUGGUCCAACUGCGGGAUCGCCAAACGCCCGGCGACGCCGGCGACCCCCUGUGCCAAACGGAGGAUUGCGAGCGUCACGCCCUCCUCCUCGGCGAAGUCACCUCCGCGGUCAUCGAUCCGUGCGACGACUUCAGCGAGUACGUCUGCUCGGCCUGGUCGCCUCACAUGAUGCAGACCCUCCGUUACACGAGCGCCAUGGACGCCGCCAUCUACGGCUGGAUGCGGGGCCUCAACGAGACGCUCCGUGAAGGGUCCGCCAAGAUUCCCAUUGGCCGGAAGGCGAUGCUCAUGUACGACGUCUGCACGGGCGACGACUCGCAGUACGGCAACAGCACGAGCGAGUUCCUACUCUUUCUCAACGAGACCGGGCUCAUCUGGCCGUUCGCCCCGGUGCCGAAGGUGGACGCCCUGACACUAUUCGUCUCACUAGCCUUCGACUACGACGCCUCUUUCUGGUUCUCGGUCGCCAUCUCCGACUCGCCGGGCUCUUCCGGCGAAUGGCGCGUCGUUCUGUCACCCAGCUUCUACCUGCCCAUGCUCAUGGUGCACUAUCGAAACGUAAUCGAGAGCGGCGCGUACGCGGUGACCUGGACGAAGAUCCUCCACUUAUUUGCGGGUGGAGCAUCGCACAACUUGGACGAGGUGGAAAUCAACGAGACCAGCGUCAUGGGCGCUGAAAUCCUGCGGCAGCUUUACGCCGCGUCGGCCGAUCCGUCACCCGAGUCUGCACUCUUCGCAGUCAGUGAAUUCGGAAACUAUACGCCCGCCAUCUCGCCCGCACGCUGGCUGGACGCGUUGCAGCUAGUCCUGCCAGUGCGUCCGACAAUGGCGACCGAAGUGUUCGUAACGCACGUAGGGUACAUGAACGCCAUCAACGAUCUAUUUGGCAAGCACGAGAACCAGCAGCUAAUACGACACCUCUCAUGGCUAUUCAUGAAGAUGUACAUUCCUGCCGCCGCUCCCGAGUUCUUUAUCGGCGUAUACGGGAGCGCUGAAAGGUCCAAGAUAUACCGACCCCUGUUCUGCGGCUACAAUGUCGAAUUGCCGUACCGCCUGCUCGUUUCAGUGAUGUGCUACGUCUCUAGUGCGUACAGCAACCACAGGCCCUUGAUCGACGCGACCUUCGACAGCCUAGUCCUGGCGGCCACGGAAAAGCUCAUGAACUGCUUUUGGCUGGACACACAUAGCAAAAUGCUGGCCGUGGAAAAGAUCAAGGCCGUCCAGAAGCACCUGUGGCCCGAAGACAUUGUGUUCGAACCGGGAUUCCUGGACGACGUCUACAAGGACUUUCCUGAGUACGAAGCGUCGACCUUCGGUUCCUACUGGAUCGCGUCUCGCAGGAGCGUUCGCGGAGCGAAGAAAUCAAAGCAGUACCGCAGCUUGUCCACUAAGCCCAUCAGCUCCGCGGAGCCGUACCUGACGUACGACGCCAUCCUAAACCGCGUACUCGUAACCAUGGGGGCUGUCUCCAGGCCGAUUUACUACAGGAACGGCACAAGAGGCAUGCUGUACGGAGGCAUCGGAUUCCUAAUGACGCUGCAGCUCGUCAAGUCGCUGGACAGAAACGGUUUGCGGUGGCACCCGAACGGCAGCGCCGUGAACUCUUUCCUCGCUGAGGAAUCGUGCAAGGAAUUCGCAGCCCGCGACUCCUGCCGCGUUCGAGAAGCGAACGCGAGCGUGUUCCCGGAGAUCCCGGCCGUGGAAGUCGCAUACGCGGCCUUGCAACGGGCGCUCAAGCAGGACGGGCGGCGGUUCCGAAUUGCUAAGAACCUUACCGAGGAGAGGGUGUUCUUCACGACGCUUUGCUUCAUGACCUGUCCGCGAAGGUACACCCCUAGCCCUUACAGGGUGGACUGCAACAAGGCCCUGCAGAAUUUUCCCGAGUUUUCGCGAGCCUUUCAAUGCCCCGAAGGUUCCAAGAUGAACCCAGCUAAGAAGUGUAGGUUCUUUGACGCGGCGCCGCCGCAUCCUUAUGACUGAUAAUCGUGUUGGCCGCCUUUCUAUGCCCGGCCAUCCAACUCGAUGACCGGAUUUUCAUGUUGUAUCAUCUUGUGCAUUCGUUUUUAAUCUUUACGUAUGUGUUUUUUUUUUAAUUUGUUGCUGGAACGAACUGCAUUUGCCCACGUUCCUAUUCCUGGCCCACUGAACUGAAGCUUGUAUUCUUUCACAACUAUUAACUAUCUUAAAUAUUUUGUCAUCGUCA